CGCGCGUUACCUUAACACACUAAUCAUCCUGACAGACAAGAACUAAAAUCUUGCCCGAGAAGCCUCAGCUUCUAUGGUCUAUAUAUUUAUAAACGCUGAACCUGCAAUCAAUUGAUCAUAUUCCUGUGACCCCUUGAAUCGAAAGUUGAAACAACGAGAUGGGCAGAGAAAACUGGUAUGUUCCAGAGCGCCUGAAGAAAGCAGUGAAGAAGAUAAGAUCUCUACUUAGCUUAAACCUGACCAAAUGGCGCUUAUCUUGCUUCCUCAAACUUGCUUCCACCAGGCGGCAGCGGCCACAGUGCUUGAGCUUUAACGAUCGCUUGGGUUUGCACGGCUGCAUCGAGGAUCAAGAAUCCGACGAAAGAAGUACGGUUCGAGCUCUUCAAAGAGUGGCGAGCUAUGCUGCAGAUGAUGAUGUUGACAGAAGGGCGGAGAUUUUCAUCUCCAAUUUCCGUCGCCAGCUUUGGUUAGAAAGGCAGGUUUCUUUGGAGCUAAGAUACUGCCGAACCAGGAGUUUGGACAGAGACUAGUCUCCAACCAUUGCAGAUAUGUUAUAAACAAGCCGGUUGAGCUAUACCCUAUUGUAAGCAGUGCCCCGGAAGAAUUAUCAAGAACGAGAUUAGAUUUAUACUUAGUAUUAUUUUUCCUUUUCGCGAGGCUUUAUACCAUAUUUAUACUGCAAAAUUGUUUGAAUUUCUGGUUUUGGUU